AAACCCUCCGGAUCGAAUGGCUAUGUGGAGAGCUCGCGCAGUUUCAUCGGCGAUCUUGAAUCGGCUCCUCAGCCGCUCCGGCGCCGCCGAAGUCGCCGCCGCUAACCACCGCAGUUUCUCCACAGGUAAUCAGUUUUUUACUUAUGAUAUUAAUUCACAAUAUGGAAGUUGCUUGCCGCUUUCUGCUAUGCACAUUCAAGCCAAGAUACACAACAUUGAGUUAAAUCCUGGUCAGGGUGGCAAGUUAGUUCGGGCUGCGGGUACUUUUGCAAAGAUUUUGAAAGAACCCACAGAUAAGGGUUGCCUUGUCAGACUGCCCUCCGGUGUUGAAAAGUGGAUUGAUUCCAAGUGCCGGGCCGUUGUCGGUGAGGUCCCAAGUCAAGGCAAAAAACCUAAGAAGCUCUACAAAGCUGGGCAAAGUCGGUGGAGAGGCAUCAGACCAACAGUUCGAGGAGUGGCAAUGAAUCCAUGUGAUCAUCCUCAUGGUGGAGGGGAGGGCAAGAGCAAGAGUAGUGGUCCUCAUGGGAAAUGUUCUCGAACGCCCUGGGGCAAGCCUUGUAAGGGUGGAUACAAGACUGGACCCAACAAGCGUAAGAAGUAAUGAUCAACUUUUUUGUUGCUUUGAUAUUAGUCUUUAAUUGAGCUUGUUGAUGAUUUCAGAUAUCAAAAUGUAUGUCCUUAAAUGUUUAACUUGUGAU